AGAAGGAAUCCUAAUCCGAACUGGAUUCGGAUUAGCAGCAGCGCGCCAAGGAGAAGUUCAAAUUCGAGGUCUCUGAGUAAUAAGCUGUACGACAGCGUUUGGUUUAUUUUAGUAUUAGUCAUUGUUGCUGAGUUGAGUUGCAUUUCAGUCCUGUCAGUAGUGGUUUGAUCAGUUGAGAGUUCUUAGCUGAUUAGUUAGUUGAUUAAGUGUUGUUAGCGUGAUUCUUGGAUUGUGAACGUUGAGAGC